AUGACCAGAGAGAAGGCGCACAAUGGCCCGGAGGACGACCCGCCGUUGUCUAGGUUCUCUGCUCCUCGCACGAACUCGGGUAUAUCGAACAGAUCGGAUGACAGCGACGCAGACCCGGAAUUGCUGGAUCCUCACGACCCCAAGGCUACCGGAAGGCACCCACAUUCACAUAACGAGGGUUUUGUCGGCUCUGCAGAGGAGGCGGAGAUGAUGUCCAACAUGACAUACGUCCAGCGCAAGAAGUACAUGAGCCGCGUCAAGAUCGAGUGGAACGUCUCGCCUAUAUACUGGAGAGAGCAAUUCCUCAUACGGCUCGCUGGAUGUCUGAUGACCUUCGGCGCACCCUCCCACCGUAUCGAAGCUCAGCUCGUCUCUGCAGCUCGUGUUCUCGAGAUUGAGGCCGAGUUCGUCCACAUCCCCGGACUCAUCAUGUGCUCCUUCGGCGACAAGAUGCGGAGGGCGUCCGACCUGCGCUUCGUCAAGUGUGCCGGAAGCUUGGACCUCGGGAGCUUGCAUACGGUGCAUGUCCUCUACCGCAGAGUUGUGCACGACGAGCUCAGCGCGCAAGAGGCGGCGGCCUUUCUGGAGCACCUUCUGACAUCCCGACCUGCCUACCGUCGCACCGUCCGGAUCAUUUUCGCUUUCUUCUUGUCCGCGAUGAUCUGCCCGUUGGCGUUCGGCGGGUCGAUCAUUGACAUGUGGAUUGCGGGUGUCACUGGAGUAUUCCUCUCGGUCAUGCAAGUCCAAGUUGCUGCCAGAUCUGCAAUGUAUGCGGCAGUCUACGAAAUCACUGUGUCCAUGAUCGUCUCAUUCGCUUCCCGCGGGUUGAGCGCCAUCAGGUCGAGCCACCUGUUCUGCUACACUGCGAUCUCCUCGUCCGGCAUCGUAGGUAUCCUGCCAGGAUACCUGAUUCUCAGUAGCUCUCUAGAGCUUGCGUCCAAGAACAUCGUCUGUGGUAGCGUCAGGAUGGUGUACGCCUUGAUCUAUACCUUGUUUCUGGGCUUCGCCCUCCAAAUCGGGUCCGACCUUUUCUUGGUUUGCGACAAGACAGCGCGUGCACAACUGCUCUCCUUGCAAGAACGUCUCAGCACUGUAGCGAUUGUCUCCGGGACCUUCGUGACGGACAACGCAAGCAGCAUCGCGUACGACCUCAACCAAGGCCGACCUAUCUCCGGAACCUUCACCUUCACGAACUACACGAAAAAUCCUAUCGAGACUAUCGACGGCGGCUGCUACCGCAACGUCUACUUCCCGUGGUGGCUCCAGCCGUUCCCGUGGUGGACGCAGUUCAUCCUCGUGCCGCUCUUCUCGAUCCUCUCGUCGAUGGCAAACCUGCAGCCGUUUUGGACGCGCGAGAUGUUCGUCAUGGUGCUCAUCUCGUGCGUGGCGUAUGCGGCGAACAAGGCCGCAGACCACUUCAUCUUCAACCGUUCCGACAUCGUGUCCGCAAUCGGCGCGUUCGUGGUAGGGUUGAUGGGCAAUCUGUACUCGAGAAAGCUCAAUGGGACGGCAUUCACGUCAAUGGUCACGGGUGUUCUAUUCCUUGUGCCGUCCGGGCUUUCUGCAGCCGGAGGUAUCACAGCACAAGGCAGCGGCAUCGACAUUGGAGCAGCAAUGAUAUCGGUCACGAUUGGUAUCACCGUUGGGCUUUUCAUGAGCCAGGCACUUGUAUACAUGUUUGGCUCACGGAAGAACGCUGCCGUGUUCUCCUUCUGA